GGCUGCCGGGGACGGGCGGGGGGCCCCCGGGAAAAGGGGCUGUGCAGACACACCGGGCGUGGGAUGACGGAGCUCCUCCAUCGCGCGGCUCGGCCAACAAAAGCAUCCACAUCUGCAGUGCUGCCUCCUGGCACCCCGUACCCACUGCUGACAUCUCUUACCCACUCCUGGCGCCCCGUACCCACUGCUGACCCACUCCUGGCACCCCGUACCCACUGCUGACAUCUCUUACCCACUCCUGGCGCCCCGUACCCACUGCUGACCCACUCCUGGCACCCCGUACCCACUGCUGACAUCUCUUACCCACUCCUGGCGCCCCGUACCCACUGCUGACCCACUCCUGGCACCCCGUACCCACUGCUGACAUCUCUUACCCACUCCUGGCGCCCCAUACCCACUCCUGGCACCCUGUGCCCGCAUCUGACCCCUGUACCCACACUCAAACCCUUUGCCCACCUCAGGCUGAGUGGUUCUUUGGGGGCUGACCUGGCAGCACCAGACCAACCCACAAACCACCAGUUUGAAGGAAUCACAGAAUGGUUUGAGUUGGAAGGGACCUUAAAAACCAUCUCGUUCUAAAUCCCCUGCCAUGGACAGGGACACCUUCCACUAGAUCAAGUUGCUCCAAGCCCUGUCCGACCUGGCCUUGAGUUUCAUAUUUAGGGGUUGUAGCAGCAGAAGAUGUGCGUGGUGGCAGCUCUUUGCCAGCAGAGAACGAGAACAUCAAUGUUCAGGUAGGGUUUGCCCUUCUCCACUGAGCCCAGAGGCUGAGGAGGUGAGAUGAAGGCAGUAACAUGAAUCAAUUCAAGUCAAUUCAAAAGGAUCCCAGAUUCAAGGUGUUUCUAGGAACUCAGGGAUACCUUUAUUUUAACAGAAGAAACUGUACUGUUUCGCAUUUAACACAUCACAAAACGAUUCCAGAAAGAUUAUUUGUUUAAGAUAUGUUUAUUUUGUAAUUUUGUUUUGGACUGGGAGUUUUUUGGGGGGUUUAUUUUUUCCUGUGGGUCAGUAAAAAAUUUUGGUUUAACACAGGAAUAUUUCUUGUACCUAAGACAGGAAAAAAUUGUAAAUAGAUUGUUUUUAUCUCAAACACUAUAGAGUUAAGCCUUCACACAAAUCACUACUUAGUCACAGUCCUAUCCUCAGGAAAUUAAAAUAUUUAUUUAAAUAGCCAGAUUCACGUACAUUAUGAAUCUAAUGCAGAAAAAAAAAAUAAAAGAAUGAGCACCAAAUUUAACAAUGACAAUAAUUUAAAAUGAAUUCAUAAUACAAAAAUUCACAUAGAAACAUAAAUAGGGAUCGGGAAAGCAGAAAUUUCCUUUAAAAAUUGACAAGAAAACGUAAUAAUAAUGUUUCUAAGAAGUAAAAGGUCAGCUUUUAGUCUAGCUUUCCUGGAAGUGAAGUACCACCUCGCUGAUUCUAAAGGUUGCAGAAGAAAGUUUCUGGAAUUUGUGAGGAAGUCAGACCCUCUUUAGGGUCUUUAAAGCAUCUUUAACCUUUUUUAAUAACAACAGCAGAUGGGUUUUCUGAUUUUCACAGUUCGUUGGGUAGACUACAGAAGGGAAGAAAGAAGCUUUGCCAAGAAAGCAGCACAGGGUAAGUUCCUGAGCUCUCCAGAUUUUUAUACGAAGUUGUACCUUUCUGUAUUAUUUUGUGCUCACACCUUCUCUUUUACCUUGUGCUCUGCUCCCCUGCCUCCCUUGCUUUGCAUACUCCCAUUCCCUUGCUUUCCCAAGCUCCUGCCCCUAAAACCCACACCCAGCAUCCUGAGUGUAAUAAUUGGUACCCAUCUCUUCCAACAAAACUUACUGUUCCCAAACCGCUGGCAAAACUGGGUCCCACUCCUCUCUCGGCUACUUAUAACCUCAAAAUAGAGAGAAAAAAGGUUGGAUGGGAUUUCUCUGAGGUUUCUCAUGCUGCCACUGACCCCCCACAUGCAUUCUCCUGCUUGAUCUCUCCCCGUCCUCACAAUUUGAAAACUGCUGCUCUGGCUGAACUGAAUUGAUGGCUCUUUGAGGAAUCUGUUGUUUUCCAGGCGCUUAAAAAGAAGUCAGUUGGUUGGAAAAAAACCAACAACAAACCACUGUGGUUUGAGAAAGAUCCCUUUGUUUAAAAAAAUAGAAAAGAGAGAAACUAAACCUCAGAAUGCUUGCAAGACAUGUAGGGGCCAGCAGUUUACUUAUGUAAACUCACACCCUGAAGCCAAGAAACAGGUGCUGGACUGCCAACUUCCCGGGAUAACACAGGGCACCACGGUCUCCUUGGGCCUCCUGGGGUUCCAUCAGCUUCUCUGAUGUGGCCUCCUCGUCUUUUUUCCACAGGUAUGAGAUCCCUGCUCUCACAUAGCUGUCGUGUCAGGAUUUAUUUAAUGAUUUAAUCUCCUGAAACUUUCUCCCUGUGGGUGUCGCUGCUAGAGGAAACUAUUUAACUGCAAAGGAAAUGUAACACUCCUGGGUUACCGAUGCCUGUGUAACUGGAAGGAAUGGCAAGUUUCAGCUGCAUGUUACAUUUUACAAAACACAAAAUAAUGGGUGUGUCUAUUUCAGAGCCUUUUGUAAGGAAAGCAGUUUGAUAUUUAAAUGUCAGACAGAUGAAGAAUAAUAAUUAUUUUGUCAUCGUUCCUGUACUAAUCUUUAGUGAGGAUAAAUGCACUUGUUUAAAAGAAAAACUUAGCCACAUUUUUUAAGUGAUUACUACCUAAAAUUUGUCUACGUUCUGUUCCUGGGACUCCAGGUUCACCAGAAUAACCAAACUGCUUUAUGAGUUUGUAAUUCUGGAUUUUCAAGUAUAUUUAAAAAAUGGCUACUGCAAGUCACUCCCCAUAUGCACAGGGACUCUCUAUUUAUGUACUGACCAUUUGGGUAUUGAUGAUAUUAUUUUUUAAACCUUUAACCAAGAAGUGAUGCAGCAUAUCACCUCUUAAUCCCCUGUCCCAAUAAAUGUGGUUCUCCUGUCUUUGCAGGCACAAUAUUUUAUACAGACUUUUUUUUAAGAUCUAGAGAUUAAGUGAAAAUAAAUACACAAUCACUGAUAUCUUUUCCAGAAACAAGUAAUAUUGACUCCUGUACUGCAGAACUUGUUCCAAACCUCGGAGAAACGUGGUCCCUGGUUCCAGGUGUGGGAGAAACCUGGCUGAAAAGAAUUUUUUAAGAGUGCAGAGAAAGGAGAGAGCAGCGGAAAAGCCAGUGAAAGCUGGCCUGGCUUGGAAUUGGAAAAUGAUGGCCCACAUGGGUACUUAAAGGUGACAAAAGGGCCUCAGCUGUUGAAGAAAGAAACAAAGCGUAAUCAUGGCUGACAACAGUACUCUGGUGUCUGAAACUGGGAGGAGCCUCUUGGCUGAUUCUUCUGUUCUUGAUUCAAAAAUUAUAGAAACCUCCAAAGAGAAUGUAUUCCGUGCAACUAUUCUGGAUGUUGAAGCAGAAGAAAUGCCUCAAAUAGAAACAAGAGUGGCUUUGGUUCAGGAAGCAGGGAAACGUGAGGAGCUUCUGAAAGCCUUGGAGACCAUUAAGAUAAUGGAAGUACCUGUUAUAAAGAUAAAGGAAAGUAGUCCUGAUAAAUCAGAAGAAAAACUAAUAAAAAGUAUUAUUCAUAUGGAAAUUAAAACGCCCUACAUAAAGACAGACACGAUAGAAGAGCUUGGGGAUUCUGAUUCCCCAGAAUUUGAGACGAUCUUCGUUGUACCAGACUUCCAAGCUCCCAUCUUUAGCAACCUCUGCAAGGCAGAUUGCCGAGUCAUCGGGCCGCCAGUCGUGCUGCACUGUGCACAGCGAGGAGAGCCUUUACCUUUCUCCUCCCGUCCCCUGUACUGUGCAAGUAUGUUGAACUUGGUACUGUGCUUUACUGGAUUCAGAAAGAAAGAUGAAUUAGUUAAGCUCGUCACCUUGGUUCAUCAUAUGGGUGGAAUUAUUCGAAGGGACUUUAGCUCAAAAGUUACUCAUCUGGUCGCAAACUCAACACAUGGAGACAAAUUCAGAAUUGCUGUAAGUCUUGGUAUUCCUAUCGUGAAAGCUGAGUGGAUUUAUAAGGCAUGGGAGAAAAGGAACGAAAUUGAUUUCUGUGCAGCUGAUGACGACUUUAGAAAUCAGUUCAAGGUUCCUCCCUUUCAGGAUUGCAUGUUAAGUUUCCUGGGAUUCUCUGAUGAUGAGAAAGCUAACAUGGAAGAAAUGACAGAAAUGCAAGGAGGACAUUAUUUACCAGUUGGUGAUGAAAGGUGUACACACUUGGUGGUUGAAGAAAGUACAGUAAAAGACCUUCCAUUUGAACCUUUAAAAAAACUUUAUGUUGUAAAGCAAGAGUGGUUUUGGGGUAGCAUUCAAAUGGAUGCCAGAGCUGGAGAGUCCAUGUAUUUAUUUGAGAAGUCAGAGAGUCCUGACUUCAAGAAGUCUGUGUCGCUGCUUUCCCUGAACACUCCCAACAGCAACCGCAAACGGCGCCGCUUGAAAGAGACUCUGGCCCAGCUGACCAGGGAAACAGACGUGUCCCCAUUCCCUCCUCGGAAACGCCCCUCAGCUGAACACUCCCUCUCUAUUGGGUCCUUGCUGGAUAUUUCCAACACUCCAGAGUCAAGCACUGCCAAUGGAGAAACACCAAAAUCCUGUGCAAGGCCUUCCAAAAAUUCAACUCCUCUUCCUCUCAAGCAGUCUGCAAGAUGGCAGGUUGCAAAGGAAUUGUAUCAGACAGAAAGUAACUAUGUUGAUAUUCUGACAACAAUAAUUCAGUUAUUUCAAGUUCCAUUGGAGAAGGAAGGACAACUUGGGGGACCAAUCCUUGCUCAGGAAGAGAUCAAGACCAUAUUUGGCAGCAUUCCAGAUAUUCUUGAUGUGCACACUAAAAUCAAGGAAGACCUGGAAGAUCUUAUGAUAAAUUGGACUGAAAGCAAAAGUAUUGGUGAUAUCAUUCUUAAAUAUUCAAAAGACUUGUUGAAAACAUACCCUCCGUUUGUGAAUUUCUUUGAAAUGAGCAAGGAGGCGAUUACAAGAUGUGAAAAGCAGAAGCCAAGGUUUCAUGCCUUCCUAAAGAUAAAUCAAGCUAAACCUGAAUGUGGCCGCCAAAGCCUAGCUGAGCUCCUUAUCCGUCCUGUUCAAAGGCUGCCCAGUGUUGCCCUCCUACUAAAUGAUAUUAAGAAACAUACAGCUGAAGAGAACCCAGAUAAAAUAACUCUAGAGAGAGCUAUUGAAUCAUUAAAGGAGGUGAUGACACACAUUAAUGAAGACAAAAGAAAAACAGAGGCACAAAGGCAGUUCUUUGAUGUUGUCUAUGAAGUGGAUGGAUGUCCAGCCAAUCUCCUAUCCUCUCACCGGAGCUUGGUUCAGCGCCUGGAAACUGUAGCACUUGGUGAUGACAUCUGUGACAGGGGAGAGCAGGUCACGCUCUUUCUGUUCAAUGACUGCCUAGAGAUUGCGAGGAAACGGCAUAAAGUUAUUGGAGUUUUCAAGAGUCCCCAUGGCCACACAAGGCCUCCUGCAUCUCUCAAGCAUGUUGUUCUUAUGCCUCUCUCCCAAAUCAAGAAAGUUCUGGACAUCAGGGAGACAGAAGAUUGCCAGAAAGCCUUUGCCUUAGUUGUGAGGCCACCUACAGAACUCAACAACAAGCUGCUCAGUUUCCAGAUGACAACUGAAGACCCUCGCAAGGAGGACUGGCUGAAGAUGUUGUGUCGGCAUGUGGCCAACACUAUUUGUAAAGCAGAUGCAGAAAAUCUCAUUUAUGUUGUUGAUCCUGAUUCAGUUGAAGUAAAUACUAAAGAUAUGGACAGUACUUUAAGCAGAGCAUCCAGGGCAAUAAAGAAAACAUCAAAAAAGGUUACAAGAGCCUUUUCUUUCUCCAAAACACCCAAGAGAGCUCUUCACAGGGCUUUGAUGUCUCACAGUGCCACAGAAGGGAGGAGCCCCAGCUCCAGCAACCAGAGUUACAUCGGCAGCCGCCUGACGAGCACCUCGUCCUUGGCGGGUGUUCCUUCUCCUUCCUUGGUCAGCCUUCCCUCAAUCUUUGAAAGGAGGAGUCACACACUAAGCCGAUCAACAACCCACUUGAUAUGAGAUCUAUUUCCUUCCAAAUGAAGCAUUUUCUUCUAUGGAAAUUGUCCCCUCCAGGCAAUAAACUGGUUUGUCAGCUCUUGAAAUGAAGAUGAUGAACACAUAAUUUACUGCUAGUUUGGAUGACUCUUACGCUUGCCUAACUUCAUCUGCUGGCAGAGCACUCUAAUGUUGGAAUUGUGGAUUUCUUACAUGGAGAUAUGUUAUGAAGUACCUGACCUUUCAAGUAUGACAGUUAACCUGUUGUACAGCUGCUUAUUCCAGAUAUUUUAUAAAUGUAGUUGUUUGUAAUUAAAUAGAAUUGGGUUUUGUGAUUAUCAUCUCUUGCAGCCUAACUGUAACACAGUGGUAUGAGGAGCUUUGACCACCAAAAGUGAUCAGUUGAAUCCUUUGUCUUGCUUUGAAGUGGAAGUCUGAGGAAAAGAAUUCCACUCCUGUUUAGUAGGGUUGUUAAAAAACCAAACCCCCACACCUUCCCCAUACUUGGUUAACAAAUCAUUAUUUAAUGCAUGGGAUUCUUGGUGUGACAUUGUAACUCGAGGGUCCAAUUUUGGCGCGUCAAAUUUCAGCGUAGUACUCCUAAGGCUUUUACCUGGCUUUCUCAUGUAUUUAUGUCUUCCUUUAAAACUCUGUUCACUUCUGUUGUCUCUGAACAGUUUGUACCAUGCACUCUCACAAACUAUCUAAAUAUGUAAAUUUCUGCAUUUCAUUAACAGUUCAACUGUCUAUAUCAGGAGUUCACAACUUCUGGUUUCUUUUUAACCACCUGUGUUUUGUCUUGUAUCUAUAUGUAACUAGUGAUGCUUUUGAAUAUGUCAGACUGCACUGUUUUUUAUAUCUCUUUUUACCAAUCUGAGCAAUGUAAAUAAAUUGUUUAAAAUAUCACUGCUUCUGGCUUUGCUAAACAAGCUUUUAUGAAGGUUUACUUUUUUAUGUGGGGAAAAAAAAAGCAUUGUUGGGCUCUAGCCUACAACUGUACUCUGAUUAUCUAUGUAGUUAUUCCUAAUAAAGUAUACGAUGUGGUAGGCCUGAAUAUUUUUUUGUUUUUUCUUAAUAUAUUCAUGAAUCUCCCCUG